AAGUCCCGGAUGCGGAAGUGCGUGCUGACUUCCGGCUUCGGCGGAGUUGGUGACGGUUGCGGGUUGGAACGCGCUGAGCCCGGGCCGCAGCCAUGCCUCGGAAGAUUGAAGAGAUCAAAGAUUUUCUGCUUACAGCACGGAGAAAGGAUGCCAAGUCCGUCAAGAUCAAGAAGAACAAGGACAACGUGAAGUUCAAGGUGCGCUGCAGCCGGUACCUGUACACGCUGGUCAUCACGGACAAGGAGAAGGCCGAGAAGCUGAAGCAGUCCCUGCCCCCAGGUUUGGCUGUGAAGGAGCUGAAGUGAUGGACCCCCUGCAGCCUCCCCCCUUUCCUGACCACAAAUAAAACCCUGAGUUGUUGUUCUCUGCCCACCUA